GGCGCUUGUACUCUGGCAGUGGUACAAUCAAGAUGGCUUGCGAUUUGUGCAUCAAGUCGAUGAUGAUUGGUGACUCAGGUGUUGGCAAAACGGCCUUGGUGGUGAAGUUUGUGGAGGAUGGCUUCAAGAACGACAAGACCACCACCAUCGGGGUUGACUACAAGGACAAAAUCCUGUGGAUGAGAGGCAAGAAGGUGAAGCUGCAAAUCUGGGACACUGCAGGUCAAGAGCGGUUUCAAACCAUCACUCAGCAAUACUAUCGAAGCGCCAUGGGCAUCCUGAUGGUGUAUGAUAUGACUGACGAGGCAUCCUUCCGAAACAUUGUUCGCUGGAACGAGCAGAUUUCCAAGCACGGAGACAAGGAUGUCCAGCGCGUUCUGGUGGGCAACAAGGCCGACGCUGAGAAGAUUGUGGUGACCCGGGAGCAAGGACAGGCGCUGGCUGAAGAGUACGGCAUCCCCUUCUUCGAAACGAGUGCCUGGUUUGGCGACAACGUGAAUGAGGCAUUCCUGAAGUUGGCGGAGAUGGUCAUCAAGCAGCGUCGCCGGGAGGAUGAGCCCUACUACCCAGACACCCUCCGGCUGAGGAAGGACGAGCCGUGCAAGAGCAGGGCCUGCUGCGUUCGCGAAUGAAUUGUUAGGUGCGCUGACAGGCGCUCAUGUGCGUUCUGAGCGUCAUUUGUGCUGUCACGACAUGGCCACAAAUAAAGUGGCUUUGUUUUGGCAGAAGUGAGUGCUUGUGGGCUACACUGCGUAAUUAACGAAUGCCGAUGCCAGCAAAGGCUAGGGGAAGGCAGUUCCUGCUUUGGUGAAGCUUGUUCCUGUCCCUAUUUCGCCAAUGUAGGAGUGCUUUAAACGCGUCGUGGCAGCAUGAAGCCCUU